ACCUGCUGCCAGUCUGAAGGAGGUGGGGGAAUGUACAAGUCAAACACCCCUCAGGCCCAGAACCAGGUCAGUGCCAAGGUCACUCACAAGGACACUGAAAUGAAAACAGCAGAAGAGCCAACCCUGAGCCUUGGGCAGACCCUGGAGUGGCUGAGAAAGGAGCUGUCUGAGAUGCAGAUUCAAGACCAGAGGCUCCUGCUCACACUGAGGCAUCUUCACAGUGUCCUGGAGGAGCUGCGGGCUGACAGCGCGCACUGGGAGGACGCCAGGUCCAGCGGAGGGACAUCCCCCAUCAGAGCUCGAGCGGGCUCUGAAGGCAGGGGCUGCCAGCCCGUUUGCUCAAGGGGUCUGGCCCAGCUCCUCCGAGGGGAAGACAGCAGACGAAGCUCUCUCCCUUAACCAGACAGGGAUGACACUGGGCUUUAACCCUCUCACCCAUUAGUCCAACCUUUCACUGUGGUGUUUUAGGGGCAGAGCAUUGGAAUGGGAGUCAGGAAGCCAGGGCUCUGAGUUCACUUCUGCCCUCAUCUGCUGUGCAUCCCUGGAUCUGUCACUCAGCUUCUUUGUGUCUCUGGUUCCUUUUCUGUCACUUGGGAUUUCUUUGUGAGGCACACAUAUGUACUGGAUGUGAACACACUCUGAAGACACAAACAUGCUGUAGUGCUCUGACAAGCACCAUGGCAGUCGUCCUAUCCUUGGGAAUUUCUCAAAAGGCAAU